AUGAAAGUACUGGCAGUCGCCCUGGCCCUCCUGGCCCUGCUGGCUCUCAGCCUUGCCGACGUGGACCUUGACCAAUGGCAAUACGACGAGCCCGCCUGCCGCCGCGCUUGCCGCACGGCAUUCAAGAACGGCGAGCUCACUCGCCUCGACCGCGACUUGUGCAAGGCCAAGUGUGAGGUCAAGUCAUGCCGCAAAAACUUUUGCACCACUCUUUCUGCCAAGCCUCAGCGCCUGGCCUGCCGCGAGGGCUGCAACAACGGCUACAAGCUUGCCAAAAUUGGAUACACCUGCGAGGCCGAGUGCAAGACCGUCUUCAGCGAUGUCGAUGAGCUCGUCACCUGCCGUCAAACCUGCGAGCAGAACAAGGUGGACGCUCGCUUUCCAGAGCUCAACGAUGAGUCGGAGCAAGUGAUGGACAACGUCUACUGA